GUAACUAGUCUAGUCUAUUGCUAUGUUUGAUUAGAGUUGUGUGAUUAACUGAUUAAGGCAAACAAUAAUAAAAGUUAAUUAUAAAAAAUUCUGUAUAUAUUGCAAUUAUUUGAAAUAUUGUAGAACAUCACUAUAGUGUUUGUUUUGUGUUGCUAAUUUACUUUGUAUCAAUAUUACCUUGGUGUAAAGUACUGCCGAAAAGCCGCAGGAAGUAUAUGAUUUACGGUAUGCCGAAAGUAUGGUAUCGGUCGAGGCGAAACCAAGUGGUAAUAUUAGUUGUGAUUGUGUUCUCUAUCCUAUAUUAUGUUUCAUUAAAUAAUACUUUAAGAGAACCAAACCUUGAUCUUACAAGAAGUUCAAGUGGUGGUGUUACGCAACCUAACGUAGCUAAGUUGCCUGUCAAAGAUGAUCCGCCCUAUAACCAAGAUGACAGACAAUCUGUGGCAGAAUAUAUAGAAAAAAGACUGGAGGACUCCUUAAGGGAGGAUAAGAAUUCGGGGUGUGAGAUACCCAAGUUAGACCCCUUCGCACCGGAAGUGACCAAGUUCGAUAAAGAUCUACCCAAAAUUGUUUGCUAUGGCGUGGAUUGGGUAAAAUGUUAUUUAGACGAGUGCAAAGUAGUACCAGAGAUAUUGAGGACUACACGAGAUAUUAUAUGCACGUACAAUGAUAUAGUUUACGAAAGUGAUGCUAAAUACACAAUAGGUCCGUCCAUAGAGAUACGUGGAGCUGAUGUGUAUCCGCUCAUUAAGAGCGAUCACGUGAAGGUUAAAUGUACUGGAACACAUGAAAAUAGCAUCUUACCAAGCAAAUGGCUGGGCCACGGUAUAGGCUUCCGAUCAACAGUCCACCCUAAAAGUCCACCAGCGGGUCGAGAGAACACAUAUGAUAUACUGUUCUUAGGAUUCGAUUCCACGGCAAAGAAUGGUUUCAUAAGACGCAUGCCGAAAAGCUAUAAGGUCGUUAACGAAUUACUUGGAGCAACUGUAUUGAAUUCCUAUAACAUCGUUGGGGAUGGAACACCGGCCGCGCUGUUCCCAUUCUUAACUGGCAAGACCGAAUUAGAGUUGCCAGAUGUAAGAAAGAAAACGAAAAAUAAUUAUAGUCUGGACAAUAUGCCGUUUAUAUUUUAUAGACUUAAGGAUGAUGGGUAUCGUACAGCCUAUUUCGAAGAUAUGCCGUGGAUUGGUACUUUUCAGUACCGUUUCAAAGGGUUUGUUCGCCAGCCAGCUGAUCAUUACCUACGAGCGUUUUAUUUAGAAGAAUCUCAGAAUGGAAUGAAAUGGGGAAGCAAAUCCAAGAGAUAUUGUGUGGGAGACACGCCGCAGUUCGAAUUGAUGUUAAAUAUUACGGAUCAGUUCUUCAAGUUAGACGGUAAAAAGUUUGGUUUCACCUUCAUUGCUGAUAUAACACACGAUGACUUUAACAUGAUACCGACGGCUGAUGAUGCGUUAGCGGCCUUUUUAACUGAUUUCAUGGAAAAGGGAAGGGGGAAAAACACAAUGCUUCUAUUGUUUGGUGAUCAUGGACCUAGAUACGCCUACGUUCGCGACACAUUACAAGGAAAAUUCGAAGAGCGGUUGCCCCUUAUGGCUAUACGUUUACCAGAUGACCUCGUAAGAGAAAGGCCAGAAGCACAAAAGAACUUGGAACGUAACGCCGAAGUUUUGACGACGCCCCAUGAUAUACACGCAACAAUUUUGGAUGUUAUGGAUAUGAGAAAGGAGUGGAAUCCAUAUAAGGUUAAGGGUGCAGACUUAACGCGUGGUUUAACGUUAUUGGAACCGAUCUCAUCAAACCGAUCCUGUAGUGAGGCGGGAAUCGAACCCCACUGGUGUUCUUGUUUAUCCUGGGAAGAAGUGGAGAAAUCUGAUCCUAUGUUCACGAAAACUGGGAAGGCCCUGGUGGAUUUUAUCAAUUCACUUACAGAUGAAGCUAGAUCAAAAUGCGUUCCCCGAACUCUUCAAAGUGUUCAGUGGUCGAUGCGUAAGCGGCCUAAUAAUGGAGUACUAACAUUCGUGGCCGCGAAGGAUAUGGACGGAUACGUUGGCAAGUUCGGAAAACAGCUGAAUACUGAUAGAGAGGAUUAUACCGUUAAGGUAACAGUUAACCCGAAUAAUGGUGUGUAUGAGGGUUCUUUGAUUUAUUACAAAGCAGCGGACAGAUUCGAGAUCGACUCGAGAGAUAUAUCAAGGAUUAAUGCAUACAACAACGAGCCCAGUUGUAUUAGUGCGACGUUACCGCAUCUAAAUAUGUACUGCUUUUGUAAAGAAUUUCUUUAACCUCCAUCAUCAUUCAAUCGGUGAUAAAUCGCGUCCUAUAUAAAGUUAAGUGCCUUUGAAUGUUCGAAUAUCUAUAGAAAGAACUAAGAAAGAAAGAAAAGAAGAAAAGUACUAUGAUUGCUCACGUCAUACUAACUAACAGUAAUAAACGUGUAGAAUAUAUAAAAUGAAAAGAAUCUUUUCAUAAAAUGGCAAAAAUCCUCUUAAGAAUUCUCUCAGUUUAAUCUUAAGAAUCCCUCCAUAGAUCCAUCUUAGGAAACUUUAUUAUUCUGGGAUGUAUUGUGAUUGAAAUAAUCCAAUUAAUGUGGGUGAAACCGCACAGCUCAGAUAGUUUAAUACAGUGUAACUCCAUGUAACGAUCGCUUGAUUUAACGACGAACUCGAAAGCGUCGAAAUCAAUUGGCUUUGGUUGGUUUAGCUUAGUAUACACUCUACAUAGCGUUACGCCCACUCUCAAUAACGACAACAAUUGAGUUAUAAAGUACUUUGAAGUUGCUAAAACACGUUCUUUUGUCGCCUUAUUACCUUAGCCAGCAAUAAACUCAACUGUCGGCAUCAUGCAUACGGACUUUCUAAGGAAUUCGUUCUUCUGUUUACAAAUUGGGAUUGCUGUCGGGACUGUUGUUGACAAUGACUAAUAAGUAGGAGUCAUGGAUUAUAUAUGUUUUUCUUCUCUUCGUUUAACGAAAACUCUCUAUAACGCGAUAAAAUGCAGUUAUAUAGAGUUUACGGUGUAUCGUUUUCAAUGCUAUUAUAAGAAAUAAAGUCAAAUGUGCUGGAGCGAUUCCAAUAUUUUUGUAACAUAUUGCAACAGGCUAUAUUUAUUUCGAGUAUGUUUAUGACCGGCAUUUUUUUUUAAAUCUAGAAAUUCUAAAAUAAUUAUAUCUGAUCUAUUGACAUCUCAUACCGCGGUAUUUUACUUGGAUAUGUUAACUGAUAUGUUAAUAAUGCUUUGAGCAACUAAAUUUACUCAUCAAUUUGGCACUGGAUUAGUAACAUUUUAAAACAGCUUGCAAUUCAUGUCAACAACAACACUGCCACUGUCAGUCUGACACAAAUUAUAGGUGUUAAAUUGUCAUAGAGUGUAGUAUAUGUUAAUGUAAAGUUAUGUAAUUGUCAUAAAGUAUAUAUACAUUGUCAUAGUGUAGUAUAUGUUAUAUAGUAAUUGGACGUAAAUAAUUUCAAUGGAUUUAAAAAUUAAGGCUGAAUGAAUGUGUAUAGUUCAAAUUAUAAGGGCAAGAUUCAAUAUCGAUACCUAAUGCGUACGCCUUUAAACAUGACUCUUGUAUGUCAAAGAAAUGUUUUGACAUUCAUACGUAGUUUGCGGUAAGUUUCGACACCAAUAUUUGUGUCUCAGGGGCUGUCCAUUAAUUGUGAUGUUUUUUAAACAUUUUUUAACCCCUCACUUCCCCAUGGUAAGGCUUAAGGCCCCCAACCCACCACCAAAAAUCACGUGUAUUUUUAGUACCUACAAAGAAUCUAAAAAAAUUAUAAUAUUAUUUUUAAGUACUGGUAUAAAGUUUCCAAUCCUAUUCUAGAAAAUUAAGGACUAUGAUAAAAAUGUCUAGACCGAAAGGUUGCAUGUUGUUUUUGACUGGCAUAAAAAUAAUAUUAAUUGUAAUCUUGCGAAAAACAUAUAUUGUACUUCGUUCGUUGCCUGGCAACGGUACACAAACAAACAAACCGCUUUUCGGUUUAGAAAUCGCGUUGUGAUAUUUCGUGAUUUUUUGCCGAACCACUCCCUUCCCCCUUCGAACCUCACGAGAAUAAUGGACAGCCCCUAACACUGUAUAUAUAGUUGUAUAUUUUUAUAGUAUUGUCUUUGGUUAAGAUAGCUUUUACACAUUAAAAGAAAACAAUUUUUUAA